CUGCAUCACCUGCAGCCUCAGCCAGUGCCCGGAGCCGAGUCAGAACUGGCUACAAACCCUUGUGCGGGGCCAGGACACAAACGCGGCCAGGCAGCCGGGGUAGGGUACUCCGUCCCUCUCCUUUGAGCCUUGUGGCCCAUGUGUGGCAGCAGGAUCCAUGCUUGCGGGGGGGGGCCCCCUGCUGUCAUUCCUGGGGUGUGGGUGGCGUCAUGUUGAGGCUAGCUCCCUCGCCUCCCCAGCACCAGAGCUGCUGCUUGGCGGCCAGGGGCGGCACGUGCGGAGGCCGGACGUGGGGACCAGGCACAGAUGUUAGCCCUGGGUGGGUGCUCCCUGCUCCAGCCCCCUGUCCUGUCUGCGCCCAGGGGCCAAGAUUUGCCUCACCUAUGGAGGUGGCCCUGUCCCAUGCUCAGAUCCGGUGUGUGGGGUGGGGGGGGCAGGCAGUGGGUGUUGUGGCUUCACCCAGUGACCCACACUACAGCAGCUCAUGCUCAUGCCUCCACAGGGCCCAACUCCAAGCACGGCUCAUCCUGUGGCUGCUGGCAUUAGCCCGUUCCCUGGUCCUGCCCGACAGAGGCGGCCGGAGGCUGUGGCUCCACCAUGAACGAGGUGUCGGUCGUUAAAGAGGGCUGGCUGCACAAGAGAGGUGAAUACAUCAAAACGUGGCGACCCAGAUACUUCCUGAUGAAGAGCGACGGCUCCUUCCUCGGCUACAAGGAGAGACCCGAGCCGUCCGACCAGAGCCUGCCACCUCUCAACAACUUCUCAGUUGCAGAAUGCCAGCUGAUGGAGACGGAGCGCCCCCGGCCCAACACCUUUGUCAUCCGGUGCCUGCAGUGGACGACUGUCAUCGAGAGGACGUUCCAUGUGGACUCCCCUGACGAGCGGGAGGAGUGGAUGCGGGCCAUCCAGACAGUCGCCAACAGCCUCAAGAACCAGGAGCCGGAGGAGGAUGCGAUGGAUUACAAGUGUGGCUCGCCCAAUGACAGCGCAGGUGCCGAGGAGAUGGAAGUGGCCGUGACCAAGACCCGUGUCAAAGCAACCAUGAACGACUUCGACUACCUUAAGCUGCUGGGCAAGGGUACCUUCGGCAAGGUCAUCCUGGUGCGAGAGAAGGCCACGGGGCGCUACUAUGCCAUGAAGAUCCUGCGCAAGGAAGUGAUCAUCGCCAAGGACGAGGUGGCGCACACGGUGACGGAGAGCAGAGUGCUGCAGAACACCCGGCACCCCUUCCUCACGGCGCUGAAAUACGCCUUCCAGACCAACGACCGGCUCUGCUUCGUCAUGGAGUACGCCAACGGAGGGGAGCUGUUCUUCCACCUCUCGAGGGAGCGUGUGUUCACUGAGGACCGGGCCCGUUUCUACGGCGCCGAGAUCGUGUCUGCGCUCGAAUACCUGCACUCCCGUGACGUAGUGUACCGGGACAUCAAGCUGGAAAAUCUCAUGCUGGACAAAGAUGGCCACAUCAAGAUCACGGACUUCGGGCUUUGCAAGGAAGGCAUCACGGACGGAGCCACCAUGAAGACCUUCUGCGGCACGCCCGAAUACUUGGCCCCAGAGGUGCUGGAAGACAACGACUACGGGCGAGCCGUAGACUGGUGGGGCCUGGGCGUCGUCAUGUACGAGAUGAUGUGCGGCCGCCUUCCCUUCUACAACCAGGACCACGAGCGCCUCUUCGAGCUCAUCCUCAUGGAGGAGAUCCGCUUCCCCCGCACCCUCAGCCCCGAGGCCAAGUCCCUGUUGGCCGGCCUGCUCAAGAAGGACCCCAAGCAGAGGCUCGGGGGCGGCACCAGCGACGCCAAGGAGGUGAUGGAGCAUCGGUUCUUCGUGGCCAUUAACUGGCAAGAUGUGGUGCAGAAGAAGCUGGUACCACCGUUCAAGCCCCAGGUGACGUCCGAGAUCGACACGCGGUACUUCGAUGACGAGUUCACGGCGCAGUCAAUCACCAUCACGCCACCUGACCGCUAUGACAACCUGGACUCGCUGGAGGCCGACCAGAGGACGCACUUCCCGCAGUUCUCCUACUCGGCCAGCAUCCGGGAAUAGCGUGGCAGAGAGGGGCCCAGGGCUGGCAGGGCUCGGGGGCUGG